UUACCAGAUCUGUCUCUCCGAACAACAGCAAGCUAUUUCGAAUGGAUCGCAAAGACGUCUGUUAGCAAACACUAUUCGCUUCGAAGGCCCUAUCCUAGACACCGCCCUAUCGCUCGAUCUCCGAGUAUGAGAACUCUCACGGGGGCUCUGCUGCUUUCUGUCUCACUCCUAAUACUAUCAGUGCGGCUGAGUGUGUCGGUGUGUGUGGAUGGUGUGUCGGACACAGAGGGUGUGCUGGGGAAACCCAUGAAGCUCACCUGUAUCCUGUGCAUGAAGAGGGAGGACAUCAAAGCAGAGACGCACGUCUCCUGGUCCUACGUCCAGGAUGGAGAGGAGAUCCCUAUCUUUGUGUAUGACAAUGGCCCCAGAGAGCUGGACAGCCCGCUGAAGGGCCGGCUGACGUGGAGGGGCAGUAAGGACCUCCAGGACAUCUCCCUCGGCAUCACCAACAUCACGCGCAACGACUCGGGCACCUACCACUGCCAGGUCCUCCGCCGCUUCGACUUUGACUCCUUCACCCCCUCAGUCACAAUCCUCAGGGUCAUCAAACUAGAGGUCAAAGACAGAGCCAGUUUAGACCCGACGGCGCUGUACUCCGAGAUCAUGAUGUAUGUCCUGCUGGUGUUCCUCACUCUCUGGCUGCUGGUGGAGAUGGUCUACUGCUACAGGAAGAUCUCCAAGUCAGACGAGAUGGCGCAGGACGCUGUGUACUCCUGAGACCAGCGGAGGGAGACAGAGGAGCGAAACCCGACAUCCUCGCCACCCUCUCCACCGCCGCACCAGGAGGAGAUCCGGCUCACGCUCCGCUCUCUCAGUGUCCCAAAGAACACCCCGCCUUUUUUUUUUAGCUCUCUCUCUCUCUCUUCCCCUCUCUCUCUUUUCUCUCUCUCUCUCUCUCUCUCUCCUGCUCUGUUUGUCUCUGUGUCCCUCAGAGCUGGCUCAUUGUGACCUGACAAUAAUCUGAGUGCGUUUGUGUAAUAAUUUUGGUGCGUUUGUGUUUGCUAUUCGCUACCGCGGAUCACCAGGCAUUCUGUGCUCAGAUUAACACCUUUUCUCCUAAUGGGCAAAACCACUUUUGAUAUAUAUAUAUAAAUAACAACAACAAAAAAACAAUCUCUAUGCUUAUGUUUAAAGCUCCUGUAUAAUUGUUUGUUUUCUUAAAAUUUUUAUAUAUAAAAAGCUUCAUUUCGUAAGCCUUUUGCAAUUUUAUUACUGUACGUAGAGUAUUAAUAUCAAACAUGUGUAUCUAAGCCUUGUGGAGAGGAAGUGUGUUGCUUUAUUGCAUUUAAACCUGCUGAAUUUAAACAUGUGUGUGACAAUCUGUCCUUUGAAGGGUUUGCAGAAAGAUGUCAGGGAUUGAAGUGUCCUCUUAGCUUCCAUGGUGACCGUCACCUGUCACAGCCUCCUCCUCUAUCCUGUUCACACACACCCUCAUGGUCCAACACACAUACUGUACACACACUCAAAACAGCCUCACAUCCGCCCUGAGAUCAGACAAACUAGCAUGCCCUGAUACAAACCACACACGCACACACACACACACACACACACACACACACACACACACACACACACACACACACACACACAGACACACACACACACACACUCAUUGUACCCUUACAACAACCACGUACUUGGCAGGGGAUCCAUAUUUAAGCCAGAUGUGUUUUUUUCCCCACCACACACACAUACUCAAACACAUGCUACAUGUACACGCAGACAUUCGAUGCCAUGCACUGGCGAUGAUCGUGAAGCCUCAAGGUUAAGAUGGACUGAAAUGGGUCUGUGUGUCUGUCUCUCUCAACCCUUUUGUCUUGUGCUGCAACAUUGCUACAGUUGUGGCUAGGAUAAUCAGCCUAGCCUAAAUGUUGAUAUUGUUUUUGUAAACAUUUGAUUUUUAACAUGCAAGUAAUUCUCUUUGUCUUUUUUUUAAUAAUGAUUUAUCAUUUCUACUUUUGAAUCCUCAUUUUAAUGGUGAUUUUAAAGCAAUCAGAAGAUAUGCAUGAUAAAAUCUGUAAUUUUACAACAUAAUAAUGCUUGUGACCGGAGGGACUUAUGGCAAAAAAAAGCCUAUUUAUUUCAACAACUGACUGCAUGACUGUCCCAACUGACUGGGACAUGUUUGACCAGAGACUAUACAAACUUAACUGUUAAAUUAUUCAGAAAGAUUUAUUUGACCUGAUGUAAAAGAUUUAUUUGGCCUGUUAGUUUCAAAACUGUAAUUUUUGAGCUGAACAAAAAUUGAGGGUGUGAUUACAUGGCAUUUAACGUCUGGCUGAGCUGACAUUUGGACCUAUCCCAAUCCCUGAGUGGCACUAAUUUUCACUGGUAUUCUAGAAUCAACCGACUUACGAAACAGGAUACAGUCUGAUCUGCAGAGGUGGAAAACUCCUAUCAUGUAUUUAUUGGUUCUACCUGUGCACUUAACACAAGUGAUCUCAUCAAUUAGCUGUUCUACCUGGCUGAAGAGUUGUGCUAAUUAGAAUCUGGUUUAAAUGAAUGGUUGGCACAGAUAUGUGGUAGGACUUUUACUCUCUGAAGCUGGACUUUUGCACCUUUGCUGAUCUGUGCUUCUUACAGAAAAUGCCUCUAAGUUGUUCUUCACGACAGGCCCUUGAUAUCCCUGCUGCUUUGCCUCAGACUGUACAUCUGUUGUCAUGACGUCACCUGCAUCACCAUCAUCAUGUCAUAUUAGCUGUGCAAAUCACUGCUCACCCUCUUUGGAGAUUAGAGUCAACGACAGUGAUUUCAUGUUUUCUUUCUGAAGUCAUCAGCUUAUGUACUCUCAAAGAUCAAGGUGAAUAUGGGACAGCUGUACAAUAAAAGG